UCUUCUCCUGCUCGAGUCCAAGACGAACGAAGUUGCAUCGGUCUCUUCGAAGCAACACCAGCGGGUCCACUACUGCCGGCGACGGUGCCGGCGCCGACGACUAGAUUUCAGGCCCAAAACCGGCAAAUGGAGCGAUACACUUACUGCAUUCUGCACUUAGCUCUGGGAGAUUGAAGGAUUCGGAGAGGUCACCUCGACUUCGGGGAUUUCAGGAGAGUGAACUGGGAGAGGGAUUGCGGAUGAACUAAUUGAUGUGCAAGUCUAGGAAGCAACAUCCUCUUGUCGGAACGAUGGCGUGAUUGGGAGAAUUUAAAAAAUAGUUUGAUCUUUUGGCUUGUGGAGCUGGAGAUAUGAUGCUUGACUGAAAGGAGGUGGAAUGCGAAACUGCAGAAUUCUGAAUUACAUAUGUUUCGGCGUGUUGGGUGGUUUAUUGGUCUGAACAAUCACAGUUAUUCAGCGAAGAGGUUACCUGAUGCCAAACCACGACCGGCUAAGGUUAAGCCGGUGGCUAUUAUGGAUACUACGCAGGAGAUUGCCAUUUACAUCCACAGAUUUCACAAUCUGGACCUUUUCCAACAAGGCUGGUAUCAAAUUAAAAUUACUAUGAAGUGGGAGGAUGGCCAACAUGGUUCACCAGGAACUCCAGCAAGAGUGGUUCAGUAUGAAGUUCCUGAUUUGGGUUCUGAAGACAUACAUGGUAUUUGGAGAAUCAAUGAUACGGAUAGUAGUUUCUCCACACAGCCCUUUCAGAUCAAAUAUGCGAGGCAGGAUGUUCUUUUGUCAGUCAUGGUGUCAUUUAAUUUACCUCUUGGUAAAUUUGAGGGUCCAUCCACAUCAGCUGUAGUAUUGAAGUUUGAGCUUAUGUAUGCUCCCAUAUCUGAGAGCGGGUCUGGGUUGCAGGCUUCUCUGGAUUCUUGUGCUGCUGCUGUUCAUGAAUUCCGAAUACCUCCUAAGGCUCUUCUAGGAUUGCACUCAUAUUGCCCUGUCCAUUUCGAUGCUUUCCAUGCUGUGCUUGUUGAUACAACUGUGCAUAUCAGUCUGUUAAAAUCUGGUUCUGGUGUUGCACCUCCAAAGGUAAACAGAGAUUCUCAUAAUGUCGAAGAGCUUUCUGGUGAAAAUAUUCGUGGGCUUGGUCAGGCUGUAGGUCGGCUGUCUUCCUUCGAUGAGGGACAAUUGACAGUUCUAAGAGCGUUAUUAGCUGCUCGGGACCUACUAGUUGAAGAGCUGCAAAAUCUCAGCAAAGCAAUUGACCGACCUAUAGAUUUAACAGAUGUUACUGCAGAAAUAGAUGAUAAGACACUGAUUGACCUAAGAGCUGAAUUGGGUAUUGCAGAUGAUAAGGUCUUGGGCUCAAACAAACUACAAAAUGGUAUUGAGAAUGCAAAUCAAAAUGUAGAUACGCGGAAUGAUGGAUUGCUCCAUUCCUCAUCCAGGGAAGACUUGUUUCAUUCUUUUCAUUUGUUGGGAAACCAGGCGCUAUAUUUGUGGAAUACUUUUCUGAUGUUCCACAGGGCUAAUAAAACUAGCAUAAUGGAAUAUCUUCGCGACGCAUGGGCUACUGAUCGAAGAGCUGAAUGGUCCAUAUGGAUGGUGUAUACAAAGGUUGAGAUGCCCCUUCACUAUAUCCACAGUGGGGCUGAUGAGCCAACUCACAACAGGAGAGUUUCAAGUUUGUGGAAAAUAGCUGAUGAUCCAGCCCAGAGUGCAGCCAUGCGCGCUGAUCUCCACCGCCGUAGCAUUGCCCAAAUGAGGAUAAACAGUCGUUCUAUCCAAGAUGUGCAUAUAUUCGGAGAUCCUUCGCGUAUUCCAAUAGUAAUUGUGGAGCGCGUGGUCAAUGCACCAAGACGUACAGUUAGUGUAAAUUCAUACUUUAAUCACAUGAAUCUGAAAGAUUAUCCAGGCUUGCUAAGUGGACCCAGCUAUGAGGCUGCCAAAAAACCAUCUACACAACAGAAUGGUCGCAUUUUGAAGGUGGUCGUUUUUGUGCAUGGAUUUCAGGGACAUCAUCUUGAUUUACGGCUUGUUAGAAAUCAGUGGUUGCUGAUAGAUCCAAAAAUAGAAUUUCUCAUGUCUGAAGUAAAUGAAGAUAAGACAUCUGGGGACUUCAGAGAAAUGGGACAGAGGUUGGCACAGGAAGUGAUUUCUUUCCUUAAGAGGAAAAUGGACAAAAUUUCAAGGUCAGGAAGCUUGAGAAAUAUCAAGCUGAGCUUUGUUGGCCAUUCUAUUGGAAACAUCAUUAUACGUACUGCGUUGACUGAGGGCAUUAUGGAGCCGUACUUGAGAUAUCUUUAUACGUAUAUGUCGAUAUCUGGUCCACACUUGGGGUAUCUUUACAGUUCAAACUCACUGUUCAACUCUGGAUUAUGGCUUCUGAAGAAGUUGAAGGGCACACAGUGUAUUCAUCAGCUUACUUUCACAGAUGAUGUAGAUCUCCAAAAUACAUUUUUGUACAAACUGUGUAAGCAGAAGACACUGGAGAGUUUCCGGCAUAUUAUCCUUUUGUCUUCACCACAGGAUGGGUAUGUUCCAUAUCAUUCUGCACGAAUUGAAUUGUGCCAGGCAUCCUCCUCUGACAACUCCAGGAAGGGCAAAAUUUUUCUGGAGAUGUUGAAUGAUUGCUUGGACCAAAUACGGGCUCCCUCGUCAGAGCAUAGAGUCUUCAUGCGCUGCGAUGUCAACUUUGAUACCUCCUCCCAGGGAAGGAACUUGAACACCCUGAUCGGGAGGGCUGCUCAUAUUGAGUUCCUGGAGACUGAUGCUUUUGCAAGAUUUGUAAUGUGGUCUUUCCCGGAAUUAUUCCGUUGAGAGUCUGGAUGUCUCAAUUGAAUACACUCGUCACAUCGGCUUCUUAGCCUAUCUCCAGUGACCUUUCUCGUGGCCUACUUUGUCGAGAUGAUGGAUCAGUGUCGAUCGGCUUUCCGUGGCUGGAUUUUACAAUGCCACAGUGAAAGAGCUGGUCUACACAUUAUUCUAUCAGGCCAAUGUACAUUUUCUGCAAAAGCAGAUUAAUUGCACCGGACAUAGGGACGUGAAGAAGCACUGUGCCCUUGAUCUUUUGCUCGCCUUACAGGCUCAGGUUUGAGCUGUGGUGGAAGCCCUCAACUGCUCUAGUAGAAACACCUCGAGAAUAGGCCGCGCUGAAUAUAUUCGGUUUGCAGGCAGAUUAGCUAUAUCAGCCACUCCUUUGACAUAGUUCUAUAUUGAUUUGUAAAUACCGGGGUCCAGAAUAUAGGAAUUUGUGUAUUCAGACCUCAUUUUGGCUUUUGCAAUAAUUAGUAGCUGUCUUUGUAAUCUU